ACGUGAAGGGAGUGCCAGGCGGCCGGGGGCGGCGAGCGGGGCCGAGGGUGCCCACCGACUCCAGCGCCGACGGUCAGCCCCAGCGGGCCGGAGUUCUCCAGCGCCGGGACAGAGGCGUGUGGGGCGCGCCCUGGCAGGGGCCUUGUCCCAAGACCCGGGGCGCGGCGGCCCGGCCAGGAGGUCCGGCCGCGAGCGUGACCUCACGGGGGAGGGGCCAGCGCGGCGGCCUGGGCGCGGAGCCGACAGCCGGGAGAGCAGCGCCGGAGCCGAGCGGCGAGGAGCGCACUCCGUGGCUCCGAUGGAGCGGUACAAAGCCCUGGAGCAGCUGCUGACAGAGUUGGAUGACUUCCUCAAGAUCCUGGACCAGGAGAAUCUGAGCAGCACAGCGCUGGUGAAGAAGAGCUGCCUGGCGGAGCUCCUCCGGCUUUACACCAAAAGCAGCAGCUCUGAUGAGGAGUACAUUUACAUGAACAAAGUGACCAUCAAUAAGCAACAGAAUGCAGAGUCUCAAGGCAAAGCGCCUGAGGGACAGGGCCUGCUGCCCAAUGGGGAGCCCAGCCAGCACUCCUCGGCCCCUCAGAAGAGCCUUCCAGACCUCCCACCACCCAAGAUGAUUCCAGAACGGAAACAGCUCACCAUCCCAAAGGUGGAGUCUCCGGAGGGCUACUAUGAAGAGGCUGAGCCAUACGACACAUCCCUCAAUGGUCACUCUGGCAGAUUUCUCCCCACUGGAGUCCCCAGAUGGGUGCAGGUGCCUGAAGGAGUCAUUUACGCCACGAUCACCUUGGAGGACGGAGAGGCUGUGAGCAGCUCCUACGAGUCCUACGACGAAGAGGACGGCAGCAAGGGCAAGUCGGCCCCCUACCAAUGGCCGUCACCGGAGGCUGGCAUCGAGCUGAUGCGUGACGCCCGCAUCUGCGCCUUCCUGUGGCGCAAGAAGUGGCUGGGACAGUGGGCCAAGCAGCUCUGUGUCAUCAAGGACACCAGGCUUCUGUGCUACAAAUCCUCCAAGGACCACAGCCCUCAGCUGGACGUGAACCUGCUGGGCAGCAGCGUCAUUCACAAGGAGAAACAAGUGCGGAAGAAGGAGCACAAGCUGAAGAUCACGCCUAUGAACGCCGACGUGAUCGUGCUGGGCCUGCAGAGCAAGGACCAGGCCGAGCAGUGGCUCAGGGUCAUCCAGGAAGUGAGCGGCCUGCCUUCUGAAGGUGCAUCUGAAGGAAACCAGUAUACUCCGGAUGCCCAGCGCUUUAACUGCCAGAAACCAGAUAUAGCUGAGAAGUACCUGUCAGCUUCAGAGUGUGGGAGCUCCAUGGAUGGCCACCCUGAGGUCCCAGAAACCAAAGACGUCAAGAAGAAAUGUUCCGCUGGCCUCAAACUGAGCAACCUAAUGAACCUGGGCAGGAAGAAAUCCACCUCACUGGAGCCUGUGGAGAGGUCCCUCGAGACAUCCAGUUACCUGAACGUGCUGGUGAACAGCCAGUGGAAGUCUCGCUGGUGCUCUGUCAGGGACAAUCACCUGCACUUCUACCAGGACCGGAACCGGAGCAAGGUGGCCCAGCAACCCCUCAGCCUGGUGGGCUGCGAGGUGGUCCCAGACCCCAGCCCUGACCACCUCUACUCCUUCCGCAUCCUCCACAAGGGCGAGGAGCUGGCCAAGCUUGAGGCCAAGUCUUCCCAGGAAAUGGGCCACUGGCUGGGUCUCCUGCUGUCUGAAUCAGGCUCCAAGACAGACCCAGAAGAGUUCACCUAUGACUAUGUGGAUGCCGACAGGGUUUCCUGUAUUGUGAGUGCAGCCAAAAACUCUCUCUUACUGAUGCAGAGAAAGUUCUCAGAGCCCAACACUUACAUCGAUGGCCUGCCUAGCCAGGACCGCCAGGAGGAGCUGUAUGAUGACGUGGAACUGUCGGAGCUCACAGCUGUGGUGGAGCCUACCGAGGAAGCCAUCCCUGCUGCGGAUGACCCAAAUAAGAGAGAAUCUGACCGAGUAUACCUGGACCUCACACCUGUCAAGUCCUUUCUGCACGGCCCCAGCAGUGCACAGGCCCAGGCUUCCCCGACCUUGUCCCGCCUGGACAAUGUGACUGAGUCCCUCCCUGCAGAUCCAGACCCAGGUCCCACCCCAGAUGAGCCCUGCAUAAAGUGUCCAGAGAACCUGGAGGAGCAGCAGCUGGAGAGUUUGGAGCCUGAGGAGCCUUCCCUGAGAAUCCCCACUGUCAAAAUCCAGACUGAACAGCAGAGAAUCUCCUUCCCACCAAGCUGCCCCGACACCCUGGUGGCCACCCCGCCUGGUGCCAGCCCACCUGUGAAGGACAGGUUACGCGUGACCAGUGCAGAGAUCAAGCUUGGCAAGAAUCGGACAGAAGCUGAGGUGAAGCGCUACACAGAGGAGAAGGAGAGGCUUGAAAAGAAGAAGGAGGAAAUCCGAGGGCACCUGGCUCAGCUCCGGAAAGAGAAACGGGAGCUGAAGGAGACCCUAUUGAAAUGCACAGACAAGGAAGUCCUGGCCAGCCUGGAGCAGAAGCUGAAGGAAAUUGACGAGGAGUGCCGGGUCGAGGAGAGUAGGCGCGUGGACCUGGAACUCAGCAUCAUGGAGGUAAAGGACAACCUGAAGAAGGCUGAGGCGGGACCUGUGACGCUGGGCACCACCGUGGACACCACCCACCUGGAGAACGUGAGCCCCCGCCCCAAAGCUGUCACACCCACCUCUGCCCCAGACUGUACCCCAGUCAACUCUGCAACCACGCUCAAGAACAGGCCUCUCUCGGUGAUGGUCACAGGCAAAGGCACAGUCCUCCAGAAAGCCAAGGAAUGGGAGAAGAAAGGAGCAAGUUAGAAAACAAGCUUCAACUAAAGACUCUCAUGUCAAUAUGGACCUUGGUGACAAUCCUGCUUUGUUAAAGCAAAAACUCUGCAAAAAGUUGAGUCUGUUUAGAAGAAAAAGCAAAGACUGAAGUGCUGUGAAUGGAGAGCUUCAGCUAAGAGGAGGCUCUGUCCCUUUUCAGAGCCAAAGGAAAUAAUACAACAAAAAAAGAUGCUUCUUCUUUGGAGACCUAAGUCUAUUGGACGUAAACAAGACAUUGUAUUUAGGGAUGCUCUGUGUUUCUUUUUUGAAGUUUUCAUCAAUUGCUUUAUCAAGAUUUUAAAAUAGUAAAAACCUUCUCAUGUUUAGACUUUGGUGGAAGAUGAAUCAAGGAAGCAGGGCCCUGUUUUAUGGGUCAUGUGGCUUUGGUGAGUGAGAAGACCAUCAUCUCUUAUCUAAUACUUAGCAGUUGGGGAUUAAACCAUCUUUGCCUUCACUUCUAAUAUAACCAGGCCCAACUCAGUCCUCAGUGACUUUUAAACAGCAUUGAUAUCAUCUAUAAAACCAUCUAUGACAUGAGUUUUGAGAAACAGUAAUGGGGAAAAUAUUUGACUUCUUUCCAGUCCAAGGCACACCUGAAUCAACUGUCUUUAAAUAAAAUUGUAAGUGAUGCUGUAUUAUAUAGGAAAAAAUGUUUAAAAUCUUCUCAUUUAGAACAGUGAAAGUGUCUUUUGAAAUUAAACUGACUCUUUAGGGAAAAAAAUUACCCUGUGUUUACAGAUUUGUUCCUGUGGUCAGGCCAUUUUUAAGGAAAGAGUUAUUUAAUAUAAUGCUCUCUUAGUCCGUGAUUUUAAGUUCUGUUUAAUGUCCAUUCCCCUUCCAAGAACAAAGUGGUGAUUUCUGGUUUUUGGUUAGGGUGGUCUCCCUCUUAAAAUCGGCAGUGCUGUUCCUUGUGCUCCCUGUCUUUUCGCCUGAUGGCAUUUUUUUUUUUUUUUUAAACGCAGGUUGAAACAUUUCAUCUAUCUCUGCCUCAUUUCUGGGGGUUGUAUAUCAGAGUUCUCUAACACUGGUUCCUGAGAACUAAAGGUCUUUUUUAUUCUUAUUGUCUUUCUAAUACCAGGGCAUUUAUUUCCUCUGUCAUAAACAUUUGGUAACCUUUUACCAAGUGGUGAGUUAGAUUUUUUUUUAAAAUAAAAUGUUCAUUGUAUUUGAGGUUUUCCUUGUAUUUCAUGAAAUGACAUGGGGCAGGGCCUGGGGGGCUCUCAAGGAAGGAAAUGUUUUGGUUAUUUACACACCUAGCAGGAGACUCAGCCUUCUUGAAUCAAAGAGCAUAGAUAAGGCAGGAAGCAAAUUUUAGUUGUACAGUUAACAAUGUACCAAAGACACAGGAAACAUCUGCAGAAAUUGAUCACAUAUAAGUCAAUGAAAAAUCAGUACGCCCAGAAGUUGAAAUAUACUCUUAAAGAAUUCUUAGGGAAAAAAAGAAACAACAUACCAAUACUGGGAAGGUUGCCCAAGUAAUAAUGAAGGAAGUUUAUAGCAUAACUAGCAUAACUCUGUCUAUUAAAAAAAUGACAAAACCAAAAUCUGGUUCAUUAAAAAGGCAAAUACAAUAAAGAGACAACCUAACGCAAUAUAAAAUAGAACUGAAGUGGAGGCCUUACAUACAGACACAAAAUUUUUCAAAUUAUAUGUAUUUUCCACUACAAAGUUAGUAUAGCUCUGAUACCAAAAAUUCAAAACAAAUUGUAAAAGAAAACCAUUCUCAUUGUUGGACACAGAUUAAAAGAAUCUGAAAUAAAUGUUGGCAAAUGAAAUUCAGCAGGGUUUAUAGAAUGAUGUGUAAUAGACUUUAUCUAAAAAAACGAGGUGGUUCAAUGAUUGAAAAUAUACAAAUAGGUAAUCCAUCACAUUAACAGAUUAAAUGUAAAAAAAAAGAAUACAUUAUCUUGAAGGAAGAGGAAGAAGUAUACCAUAAAUCUCAACGCAUAAAAAAACACUCUUAGUUCAUCUAGGAAUAUACUAAUACUAGGAAGUACAUACCAAUACUGGGAAGAUUGCCCAAGUAGUAAUUAAGGAAACUGAUCAAGUAACUGAUCAAGUAACCCAUAGAAAACAAUGAUGAAAAAGUCAGAAGCCAGAUAUGGAUGCCUGUGACUACUACUAUUUGUGAAACAUUAUUCUGUAAGUCCUGGGCAAUGCAAAAUGACCCAGAAGUGGUAUACAGCUGUAAAAGAGACAAAACUAGCAUGUGGAAUUAUUUCUCUAGAAAAGCAAGGGUCGAUUAUUAGAACUAGGGUGUUCAGCAAGAUGACUGGAAUCAGGAUUAUUCAGAGGAAAUUUAAGGCCUAUAUGCAAUGUUUUAAUUCUUGCAAAGAAAAUAUUUCUAUCUUACUUGUAUAAUUAAGGGUAAAAA